AUGACAUUAAUUUAUAUUAUAGUGUUCUAUGCAUUAAACUUAGUGCUAGGAAGAUUUACAACAUUGAAUGAAGCAUUGUUAUUCAAUCCCAUAACUCUAUAUGUACCUGAAUGUGUGGAAUAACCAAAAUUUGAUAAUAUCAUCAUAAGUAUUCGUUAUUGGAUUGAAAUAUUGCAAACCGAUGAUUGUGAUUUGUAAACUGACUUAGAAACAUUAAAAUAAAUAAAAGCGACUCUCCCUGAGUCAAACUUGUUUUUGAGUUCUUUUAUUUAGAAAGAUCAAUUUAAAAUUCAUGGAUUGAUGUAAAUCACUGAUGAUAUAUGCACAGAUGCUUAAAGUAAUAUGCAAAAUAAUAUUUUUUUAGAUUAGCCUGGUUAUAUAAUAGAUUUAUUGAAGAAAGAGCUUCAAUCAAUUAUUGAUUCCCUUGAAGAGAUUUUGACAACACAAAAUAAACAGCGUAAGAUCUCCGCAUUGAACUCUCAGAUUGAGGAAGUCUAAACAUAUUAAGAAUUUUGUUUCUAAAAGGAAGAAAGACAGAGACGAAAAGCACAAGAAGCAAUUAAUUAACAAGCACAAAACAUAAAAAAUGAAGCAGGUUAUAUAGAUGAUGCUUAUGGUACACCAAGUACUUCAAAUUCAAGUCAAGGAUCAACAACCACAUCAUCAUCUUCUUAAUAAUCAAAUAAUUAAUAAUAAGGCACUAAUAUUUAAGGAACCUAAUAGCCAAUAAACUGUGUAGAUCCUCAAACUUCUAACUAAUAAUAAAGUUAAUAAGGAAGUAACACUACAACUACUACUUAACAAACAACCACUAUUUAGAAUUAACCACCUUCAACUGUAUCCUAAUCAUAAUCAACUCAAACUUCAACUACUGAUACUCCCACUUAAUAUUAGCCUCAACCAACAUAAUAAACAGUCCCUUCACAAUAAUUCUAGAAUCCAUAACCCUAACCCCAACAAUAAUCUUAAACAUAAGAUUUUUAGUAUGUUCCAUAACAAAAUGCUCCACCUAAUUCUCCAUCAUAAAAUCCAAUUGAAGAUCCUACUAGAACAUAAUAAUAGGCAUAUUAACCUAUUUAAAAUCCACCAUCACCAUCAAGCUAACCAUCAAUUCAGCCUCAACAACAAUUUCCUCCUCCCCCUUAAUAAUACCCAACAUAACCAUCAACAAGUUCAGGAACGCAGACAAAUCCUCCAUAAUCAUAACCGCCAUAGAUUUAAUAAAAUCCACCCUGUGAUAUACCAAAACCAACUUAAGAGCCUCCUUAAAAUCCCCCACAAACACCUAAUAUCCCUCCACCACCAACUUAGGAACCAUCUUAAGUUUCUCCAUAAACAUCACCAUAAAUACCUCCUCAAACAUCUACAUAAGUGCCACCUUAAGCACCACCAUAAAUACCUUCAUAACCACCUGUUUAACCUCCUUCUGAGAUUCCCCCUGUGCAGCCAGUCUAGCCACCUUUACCACCACCUCAAUAACCUGUUGAUUGUUCUAAACCACCUGUAGAGCCACCUGUUCAACCCCCUGUUGUACCCCCUUAACCUCCAGUUGAACCACCUAAACCACUUGUUGAACCACCUUAACCACCUGUUGAACCACCUAAACCUCCAGUUGAACCACCUUAGCCACCAGUUGAACCACCUUAACCACCAGUUGAACCACCUAAACCUCCAGUUGAACCACCUAAACCACUUGUUGAACCCCCUUAGCCACCAGUUGAACAACCUUAACCUCCAGUUGAACCACCUUAGCCACCAGUUGAACCACCUUAACCACCAGUUGAACCACCUUAACCUCCAGUUGAACCACCUUAGCCACCAGUUGAACCACCUUAACCACCUGUUGAACCACCUAAACCUCCAGUUGAACCACCUUAGCCACCAGUUGAACCACCUAAACCACCAGUUGAACCACCUAAACCACCUGUUGAAACUUCGUAGCCAACUCAGCCACCUACAGAGAUACCAAAACCUCCAACAGAACCACCAAAAGCUCCUGAAUAAUUAAAAACAAAUAUAACAGUUAAUGGAAAUAGAACUACUGAAGUCUAAGAUUUGAUAAAAUAAUUGUAAGAAGGGAAAAUGGAGAACGUAUCAAUAAACAUAACAGUAUACUAAAAUUCAAAUACAACAACAAUUGGAAGUUAAAAUGGAGAAUUGUUAACAAUUCUUGAAGCUUUAUGUAGAUUAUAUAAUUUGAUUAAAAGUGAGUACUUAACCUGCUUGUUCUACUCCAGCUUAGCCAGUGAUAGUGGUAGUGCAAUAAGAUGACGAUGAUUGUAAAGAUCCUGUAAAACCAAAACCAGAUGAAAACCCAAUUCCAAUUAUUUAACCAGAGGAAGAAGAAGAGGAAGAAGAAUUAUUCCCUGAAAUGUCCUUUCCAGAGCCAACAACAGAACCUGAGCCUGAACCUGAAGAAAUUCCUCAACCUAUACCAGAAGAAGAACCUGAACCUCUCCCAGAGGAAGAAGAACCAGAACCAGAACCAGAACCCGAACCAAUUCCAGAGGAAGAACCAGAACCUAUUUCAGAAGAAGAAUCAGAGCCAAUACCUGAAGAACCUACUAAUGUGAACACAACAAAACCAGCUGAACCUUUGCCUUUACCAGAAGAAGAGGAGGCUGAAGAAUACAUUCCUGAGGAAGAAAUACCAGAAGAAAUUAUACCUGUUGAUACAAAGAACGCAACCAAACCCUCAGAACCUCUUCCAAUACCCGAAGAAGAAGAAAUUAUUGAGCCAAUCCCUAUUGAAGAUCCAGCUGAUACAUUUAAUUAAACAAAAGUUGUAGAUCCUCUCCCUAUUCCUGAGGAAGAAUAUUUUGAGGAAGAAAUAAUUGUACCAGAUGAACCAUUUGUUAAUUAGACAAAGCCAUCAGAACCUCUAGAAAUUCCAUAUGAAGAGGAAGAAGAAGAAGAACCUGUAAAAAUAGUUGUUGUCAAAAAUGAUACAAAAUAAGCUGAACCAGUACCCAUUCCAGAAGAAGAGCCAGAAGAAUAAAUUCCUGAAGAAGUUAUCAUUGUGGAUGAUCCAAAAAACACUACUAAAACAAGUUAGCCUUUACCUAUUCCAGAUGAAGGAUACGAGGAAACAAUCUAUGAGGAAUAUUAUGAGGAAUAUUAUGAGGAAUAUUAUGAAGAAUAUUAUGAGGAGAUCAUUAUAACACCUGCAAAAAAUACAACAAAAUCUGCUGCUCCUUUGCCUAUCCCUGAUGAUGAUGAUGAUGAUUGGGGUUAGAUGGCUUUUGGAGAUGAAAGUGAUGAGGGUGAUGAGGGUGAAUGGGAAACUUAUUGGGAUGGAUCUUAAUAUGUUAGAAGAAAGAGAUCUACAACUGUUAUUGAAUAUGAAUAUUAUUGGGAUGUUGAUACAUAAAGUUACAAAACUAGAGUUAAGGGAUCUGGUCCUAAUGAAGAUGAUUAUGAACUCUAUUGGGAUGGUUCUAGAUAUUUGAAAAGAAAGAAAGGAAGCCAGACUUAUGAUUAAAGUACAAAACCAUCAGGAACAUACACUUAUGAUAGUUAUGUUUACGAAUAAUAUUGGGAUGAAGGCUCUAAUUAAUAUUAAUGGAGAAGAUACAGAGUAGGUUCAACAUCAUAUGAGAGUGGAAUAUAUGAAUAUUAUUGGGAUGAAAGCAGCCAGAGUUAUAAAUUCAAAUAAUCAUCAUCUAGUUCAUAGACUUCUUAUACUUAUAAUGGAUACAUUUAUGAGAAAUACUGGGAUCAAUCUUCAAAUUCUUAUAAAUGGAGAAGAAAAUAAACAGGAUCAAGCACUUGGGAAUCAGGUGAUUAUGAAUAUUAUUGGGAUGAAAGCAGCUAGAGUUAUAAAUUUAAAUAAUCAUCAUCUAGUUCAUAGACUUCUUAUACUUAUAAUGGAUACAUUUAUGAGAAAUAUUGGGAUCAAUCUUCUAAUUCUUAUAAGUGGAGAAGAAAAUAAACAGAAUCGAGUUCAUGGGAAACUGGAGAUUAUGAAUAUUAUUGGGAUGAAAGUAGCUAGAGCUAUAAAUUCAAAUAAUCAUCAUCUAGUUCAUAGACCUCCUAUACUUAUAAUGGAUAUAUCUAUGAGAAAUACUGGGAUCAAUCUUCAAAUUCUUAUAAAUGGAGAAGAAAAUAAACAGGAUCAAGUACUUGGGAAUCAGGUGAUUACGAAUAUUAUUGGGAUGAAAGUAGCUGGAGUUACAAAUUCAAAUAAUCAGGCAGUUCCACAUCAUCUAGUUCAUAGACUUCUUAUACAUAUAAUGGAUAUACCUAUGAGCAAUAUUGGGAUCAGAAUUCUAAUUCUUAUAAAUGGAGAAGAAAAUAAACAGGAUCGAGUUCAUGGGAAACUGGAGAGUAUGAAUAUUAUUGGGAUUCAAACUAAUAGGCCUAUCUUUGGAGAUUGAAAUAGUAAUAAUAGAAUGAACAAAAUGAUUAUGAAUGGCAAUGGGAUUGGGAGACAGGUUCUUAUUAAUGGAGAAGGAAAGAAAAUUCAUAUGAUUCAAAUGAAUACGAAUAAUAUUGGGAUUCAUCAAGUCAAUCUUAUUAGUGGAGAAAGAAAAGUAGUACUUCAUACAAUUAUGAUGAUGGUUAAUAUGAAUACUAUUGGGAUGUGGACACUUAAUCUUAUCAGACAAGAAAGAAGAGCAGUACUUCUUCUUAAAUUGAAUAUGAGUAUUAUUGGGAUUAUGAUACUUAAUCCUAUUAAAUACGUUAGAAGGGAAGUAGUUAAUAAUCUGGUGGAUAUUCAACAACUUCAUCAAGUUCAACUACAUAUUAUGAAUAAUAUUGGGAUGCUGAUUCUUAAUCAUAUAAAUGGAGGGUAGUAUCAAAUGAUUAAAUAGCUCAAUAAGGUACUUAUGAUGAUGGAUAAUAUGAAUAUUAUUGGGAUGCUUCUACAAAUUCUUAUAAGACAAGAUUAAAGUCAAGUAGUAGUAGUAGCUCAACUAAAUAUUCUUCAAACGAUGGUGAAGAAACUUAUUCAUAUUCAACAACAUACAAUGUAUCUUCAAGUACUGAUUAUUGGGAGGAAUAUUAUGUAAAUGAGGAAGGAGAGAUGGUUACUUUAAAUUUAGGUUCUUAAUUGUUAAAUAAAAAUGAUGCCUUAUAAUCAGAUGAUUAAACUCAUGAAAAAUGGAUUAGUUAAGAUGUAAAUAUAUUAAUUAAAUAUUAGACAAAAUAAACAGAUGACUCUUUAGAAGCUUAAGAUAAUUCAUCUAAUUAAGCUAAGUUUAUUUAUAAAACAAAUUAAGUCUGGGAAAAGGAUGAUGAAUAAAUAUAUAAUUCAUACAAUUUAAGAAGUAGAAAUAUCAAGAAUGCUGCAAAAAUGAAGAAUGUUAAUCAUAAUGUUAAUCAAAAACCUUAACAAAAAAAAUAAAUUAUUGGAACAAGUUUCAACUUUAGAACUAUACCAUAAGUAUAAGAUAAAGUUGAAAAACAAUAAUAAUUGAAAAAUUAACCAGAGUUUAUUGAUAAAAAGGAAACUUCUGAGAAAUAAGAGAAAAUAUCAAUGUUAAAGAAAAUAAUGAAUAUAUUUAGUCAUAAUUGA